AUGAUUUCUGCCAUUCUAUGCACCAGUCUUUUGCUUCUCGGUCUCGGCCAAGCAGCAACCGUUCCUCUUCCUCCAAGCACCGGACCAUGCGACGUCACGCUCAAGGCCAGCGAACUAGUCGACUGGUCUCGAACCAAUCCAUUCGACCCAAAAGGGGGUAAGCGAGCUCUCAUGGUCACGACAUUCACACCCGUCAACUGCGGGAGUGUGCUCUCUGGAUCAUACAUCCCAAAUGCAACAGCAGCAUAUGAAGAUGAGACUUUCCAGUCUUUUGGGCUACCUGCAGGGACGUUCGAAUCUCUUCGCAUCCAGACACAGCAACAGCUACUCUCUUCCAGUAACAACGAAAGUUACCCACUUGUGCUCUUCUCGCCCGCUCUGGGAGUUCACGGAUUUGCAGUCAUCUCCGUCGAUCAUCCGUAUGAUGCCGAUAUUGUGGAAUUUCCCGAUGGUGGUACGGUGAUUGGUAUCCUCGAAAACACUACAACAGAUGCACAAUUCACUUGGGCAAUGAACGUUCGGGUCCAAGACAUGAUCUUUGUUUACAACCAGACUCGCAAUGAGACAGCCGUCAGAGAUAUAUUCCCCUUGUCACUGGAAAAUCCAGAUCUGCUCGCUCUCGACCGAGUAUCGAUCACCGGUCAUUCCCUCGGCGGAGCCACAGCCGCACAGACAAUGUUGGUUGACAACCGAUUCGUCGGAGGCAUCAAUCUAGAUGGUUCAUUCUGGGGAUCCAUCCUCAAAAAGGGACUGUCCAGCCCGUUCCUAAUGUUCAGUAACGCAAACCACACUGCGAAAACAGAUCCUAGCUGGGGCACAUUCUGGUCAAAUUUACGAGGAUGGAGAUUGGAGCUACGACUCGCACAGUCUAAGCACUAUUCCUUUUCCGACUUACCGGUACUGGUGGAGUCUCUGAGCAUCUCUGACGAACUGAAAGAAAUUGCUCAGGAAACUUAUCUUGGAACUAUUGGCGCUUUGAGGGCUAAGAAUGUGGUUGUCUCAUACAUGGUUGCUGCGUUGCAGUACUUUACCUCUGGACGCACGUCGGAUCUACUGAGUGGCCCUUGUGCAGCAUACCCUGAUGUGACCUUUGUACAUUCUGCCUAG